GCGCGCCAUGUGGGAGUUUCCGCAGCUGGCGCAGUUCGUGCAUCUGAGCCUGCGCGCCCUGAACAUCCUGGAGGUGCCGCUGUACGAGAUGGAGCGCAUGCUGCUGGUGCCGCAGUCCUCCGAGACGCUCGCCAUGUUGAUGACGUCAUUGGUCAGCUCGCCGCUGGUGCGCAUGAAGCUGGCCGACCUGCCGCCGAUGCCGUACCACAUGUGGACGGCCAAGCUGGCGGCGCGCGUGCAGCUGUGGUACCGGGCGUACGCCCGCGAGCGUGGGUGCACCCAGCGCCUGCUGGAGACGCAGGGCAUCGAGCCCACCUUCUGGCAGGUGGUCGGCACCUCCAACCCGUUCGAGAAGCGGCUCUUCCACCAACUCAGCUUCUACGAGCGCGUCUGGAUGGUCAAGACCAUGUGCGACUUCCUCUUUCACAGCCACAAGUCUCUGCAGGACUGCGUCAUGGAGGCGGCCACGGCCGAGCCGCGCGAGACCGUGGUCGGGCGCGACCGGCACGGCUUCGAGUACCUGCACUUCCCGCAGCUGCUGGUGCGGGACGUGCGUCUGCUGGCGACGGGCCGCGGCCGGGGCCGGGGCCGGGGCCGAGGCCGGGGUCGCCUCUCCGGCUCCCGCACCGGCUCCACCACGCCGAGCACGCCGGUUAAGCCGGCCGACCCGAACUCGUGUCAGUUUUGUGGGCUGUCUGUACGCAGUGAGCGCGCCCGGAAAGCUCACCGCUGCUUCCAAAAGCAGGCGGCGUUGCAGCUGGAGGACGAGGAGUCGGCGCGCUCGCAGCGUCCGAGCCUGGCCGGCCGCCGCUCGCCCAGCGCCGAGUCCCUGCCGUCGGCGUCGGCUGCCUCGGAGCCGGACGAAGACACGAGGAUGUCGGCCGCCGACGAGGACUCCCGCCAAUGGGACGACGGGGACUCCCGCAUGUCCGACGAGAACGAGUCGCGUAUGUCAGUGGCCAGCGACGAGGACUCGAGGGUGACGAACAUGGAUGGGGAGGACAGCGUGUCGCACCUGCUGGAGGAUGACGAGAAGCUGGCGCCCGUCAAAGCACCGCCCACGCCUCCAGCAGCAUGCCAUGCCGGUCCUCCGGCGGUCACUGCGGACGACGACGGGAGCUGCGGGGCCGCCGCCGGCCUGACGAACGGUCAGCCGGAGCCGGCAGUGCUGACGAACGGGCCGACAGCGCCGGCCGGCAGCGAGCCGUGCCUUGGCGAUCGGACCGAGCAGGGCGCCCGCGGUGACAGGGCCAGCCCGCCGCACGGCGAGCGCCCCGUCCGUCGGCACGGCGUGUCAGGGCCCGGAGGAGACGCGCCACCCGAGGGCGGCCACGGUCCGCCGGGCGGGUCGGAGUCUCCCGAGGUGCCAUCGACGGCGGCCGGCGACACGGGCCGGGCCGCCGAGCUGGGGGAGGAGCGUCCGCCGGCCGUGAAGACGUGUCCCACUGACGUGAAGCCCAGUCCGGACGGCGUUAAGGCGGAGCGGGGCGUUGUGAAGUCGGAGCCAGACGUCAAGGCCGAUCAGGACGCCGUGGAGUGCUGUGUUGAUCGUGUGAAGGUUGAGCAUGACGGCGUGGAGUCGAAUCCAGACGGCGUGAAGAGCGAGAGCGACGCCGCGAAGCCGAAUGCGGAGUCGGUCAAGGCAGAGCAGGAGCCCGUGCAGCCGACUCGGCGCAGUGCUGGGAUGGACCCCGACGCCGUGAAGCCGAGUCCGGCUGGCGUCGGGCUCGGGAUGGACGCGGCGCAGGCGGAACCGAACGGCGACGGGGACCUGGGGCCGCCGCUGUCGGUGCCGGAGCCGGUGGCCGAGCCGGACCACCUGGCGUCGCCGGACGCCGAUCAGUUCCAGCUGGUGGCCGACUCGUUCGACGCGCUGCGCCGGCUCAUCGACUCGUUCAGCCCCGAGGCGGCCGAGGCCAGCGCCGGGAAGAAGCGGAAGUCGAAGCAGCCCCAGUGCGAGGUGGAGCUGCACGAGGAGUUGAAGAAGAUCCUGCAGGAGCUGGAGCCGCUGGAGGCCAAAAUAAACCAGUCCGUCCGACGCAUGCGCAAGAGGCUUUGUCAAGAGUGGUUGAGCUUCGUUAGGAGACCGCCCGACUACCGGGACCCGGGUGAAGCGGCCUGGCGCGAGCCCAACUCGGAACCGGAGCCGACCCCACGGCGACGACCGCCGCCACCGCCGCCGCAGGAACCCAGCCCUCCGCCGCCCUCGGAUGAGGACAGCUGCGACGAGGAGGGCCGUCGGCGGCAACGCAGCAGGCGGGUCAAGCUGAAACGUCCGGCGCCCGGCCAGCGGGGCGGCGAGCGGUCGGCCGAGCGGUCGGCGCGAGCCCUCCAGCCGGACAACGGUCCGCAGGUCAGCUCGCGCGGCCGCCUGCGCAAGGUGCGCAAGAUGGACGACUUCUCAUACGAGGCGGACGAGCUGGAGGAGGAGGAGGAGGAAGAACCCGCCGCGCCCAGUUUCGACCCGCGACCGGUGGUGGUGGAGCCAGUCCACGUGCGGUCGGUGCCGCUGGACCACGCUGACCUGCUGUUGCCAGUGUCGCGGCGUCGGACCGCCAACCACAUGCCGUACUCCCCGGAUAUCGCAGCCAAGGUGAAGAUGGUGAUGCGGCAGCUACAGUCCAUGAACGUGGUGCUGACCAACGAGAAGGCGCAACAGGUGGCUGUCCGCAUCCUUGCGGAGGCGCAGAGGAAGAAGGCGGCGGCUGCCUCUGCAGCGUGGCCGGCGCCGGCUCUCCGCGCCUCACGCUCGUCAGGCCUGUGA